UUGUAAUUGCCUUUUAUUUAUAAAAAUGUUUUAAAAAAAAAAAAACAGUUAUACCAAAGACGCUGUCCCAGACAGCGUUUAACUCUGGAACUAUAAACGUUGUCUCAGACAGCGUUUAAGGUUAUUUCAUUUCAUUUCAUUUCCUUUCCUCCUCCUUCAUUCUCAAACCCCUUCUUUCCCAAACUCUAACUUAAUCCCCCUCUCUCUCAUACUUGUGCUCCUCCGUGUAGACCGCCGCCGGCGCCGCCACCUCCACCGUCGCCCGCCGUCACCUCCACCGUCGCCCUCCGUGUAGCCCACUAUACACUCCCCUCACCCUGAAAUAGGUAUUCAUUCAACUUUCUUUGUGUUUUAAAUUCUAGGGUUUAUGUUGGUGAUUUCUAAUUUUUUUGGAAUUGGGUUAAAAUGUUGAUGAGGUUGAGUUGUUAGUGUUAAAAAUGUUGAAUUGUUAGUGUUGGUAUUGUUGAAUUAUUAGUGUUGGUAAUUGUUGAAUUGUUAGUGUUGAUAAUGGUAGUGUUGAUAUUGUUAGUGUUGAUAAUAGUUUGGAUAAUGUUGAAUUGUUGUUGUUGGUUUUGUUGAAAAUUGUUGACAAUGGUUGAUAAUUAUUAGGUUUUGAACAAUUGUAAUUACCUACAUUGUUGUGUAAUAAUGAUGAUUUAGGGGUUCUUAGUAGUUAAUUUGUAGAGUAUGUAAAAAAAUUUUGUUUGAUUGUGGUGAUUUAGGGAUGAUUUAACGGCUUUACGUAAAAUGUGUUUUGGUUGUUAUGUAGAAUAUGGCUGGACAAAAUGUAGCGUUGUUAUGUCGAUGGGGAGGUGAAAUUUUGUGUAAUGGAUCAAAUGUGGAGUACAGUGGAGGGAAUAUGGACCUUAUAACACUUGAACCGAACAUGACUGUGACUGAUCUGAUGAAUGAGGUUCACAGUUGUAUUGGUUCAAACCCUAUGACUGUUGAACUGAACCUUAAAAUGAGGUGUGAUACUGGUCAUGGGGUGCAAGUGUUACCUGUCUCUACGAACAGACAUUUGAAAGGUUUGAGGAGCAUGGUAGGAAUGAAGGGUUUUCCCAAUGAGAUAUAUGUAGAAACAGUGUCUAUAUGUACCCAACAAAGUACUCGGGCAGAACAGCAAGCUACAUAUGUCUCUGAUUACAACACCGCGUCCUUCCAAGAGCCCGCAAACCACAUUCCAUCGAAUGCAUAUGGGAUGGGUUCUUUCACUCGAAUGAUGCAGGACGACCAAUUUCACUUGCCUUUUAGUUCUCAUAUAGCUUCACCAGUACAUGCGGGGGGACGCGUGACAGUGUUCGGCCAGCCUGCUCCGUCGUCAUCGAACACCGUGGCAUCUUCGCCAAUGCAAUUGCAUAGCUACUCUCCAAUGCAAGGUGAUGAUGGUUCACCGUUUCGAGAAGAGCCAAAUCAUUUUGAUGAUGUUGUGAAUAAUGAAUUGUCGGUGUAUGAUGUGUAUGCGAAAAUGGAUGAUGAGGACGAGAACGGAGAGGGGGAUGAUGAACCUACACAGGUGGAAGAUGGUCAGCCGUUGGUUAGAACUCCCAUACCUUGGUUCAGUGAGGUACCCGAGAACUAUGAAGUUGAUCAGUAUUGGGCCGAAUCGGGUAGCCACACCUCUUUUGUUCCCGGGGGAGAAUUUGAGAAGGGAAUGUAUUUUGAGAGCAUGAAACUGCUUCAAGAAAUGGUGAAGAUGUUUCUAUUCAGAGGAAUCAAUUCUACACCACAGUGACCUCGAAUGAUGGUGUCCUACAUCUGCGAUGCAAGAAGAAAUGUGGUUGGAUGCUACGGGGUACCAAAUCGAGUGAGCACUCACGUGGUUUUACCAUAGUCACGUACAAAGGCCCGCAUCGGGAGACAUGUAUCACUGAAGUACUAUCUAAUGAUCAACCACACUUGGAUUCGUCCGUAAUAGCCGAGUAUGUGAAGUACUUUGUGCGGAAAGAUCCUUCGUUGAAAGUGGAAUUCAUACAGGAGUUGAUCUCGAAGCAAUUUCAUUUCGAUGUCCCGUAUCGACGAGCGUGGUAUGCCUGAGAUAUUUGGGGAUUGGGAGAGUUCAUAUGGCAGACUUCCCCACUUCAUGCAAGCACUCCUACGGUCAAACCGAAGAUAUUCCACCUCCCAUGUUCUCAUGUGCUAGCAGUCUGUGCUACAUACUCACUAUCAGAACGGCCUUAGGUGGACCCUCCCGGGCACAGUACGUAGGCCCUAAACUCAUUCCGGACGGCACAAUGAUACGUGGAAAAGGUCGUCCAAAGUCGAAGCGCAUACGCAAUGAGAUGGAUGACAGCAACCGGCCCCCAACCAAAUGCAGCCGUUGUCACCAGCAAGGUCACAACCGCACUACUUGUCCAUCUAGACCAACAUAGGACCUAAAUGUAUAUGUGUUAUUUGAUAUAGUAGUAUGUAGUGGUGUUAUUUUGAUGAAACAGUUAUAAUUUUCUACAUUAUGUGUUAUUGUGUUCAAUUCGAUGAAUUUUAUUUUGUACGUUGGAUGUUCGAGAUUUCCUGUUUAUGCCUUUCAAUCGAAAUUUUCUACAUUAUGCCUUUCAACCAGUUGGGGAGGCGACUGUGACAUUGCGGGACGUGGCAAUACUUACGCGCCUUCCAGGCGGUGACGGGAUCAUUUCUAGUCGAUCCCGUUGGAUUGGUUGUGCGGGUUCUCGGGGUGCAGCCGGGUCCCAACAAUGUUAGGGGCUCCGCCUUGAGGACGGUCUGGUUACGAGAUACUUUCCAGGGCUUGCCUGCGGACGCCGAUGACGCCACAGUACAGAGAUACGCUCGAGCGUACUUGUUCUUCCUCAUAUCCGGCGUGUUGUUCGGCAACAAGAGCGGGAGCCACUUGCAGCUUAUUUACAUACAGCUGUUAGACCACGACUGGGAGCAUAUCCGUGGAUACAGCUGGGGUAGUGCCUCUUUGGCGGUGUUGUAUCGCCAACUUUGCAGAGCCUCACGGAGUGGUGCGCUCGAGAUUGGAGGACCUCUGUUGUGCUUCAGGUAUACUACAUAUAUUAUCACAAGCGAAUUAUGCAAUGAGUAAUGUCAUAUUUAACAUAGUUUUGUGUUUUGCUAUUGAAGCUAUGGGCUUGGGAGCACAUCCACGUAGGAAGACCAGGUAGGCCUGCUGUACAUCGUCCGGGGCAGCAGGACCAGGAUGACCAGUAUGAGCCGUACAUCGCUCCGCCUCGCCCUGCAGCUGAUGAGGCUUACGGUUGCAGGUGGAUGGUCCCCAGACUCACACAGGCACAUGCGGCGACGGGUCUCCCAUACUACCGAGACGCCCUUGAUCGACUCACUGAGGAUCAGGUACAAACUCUGAAGACAUUUGUAAUCAUUUAGGUACUGUGUAUACUGAUUGUGGACUAACUUAUUUAGGAUGUGUUAUUGCAGAUCACAUGGGAUCCGUAUGUACCGGAGUUGGUAGAUGUCAUGCCUGCACAUCUACUGGAGCAUUAGGGAGAGUGGCGUGCCCGGGUCCCCCUGAUCUGUUUCGAGGUUGUGGAGAGUCACCUACCUGACCGCGUCAUGCGACAGUUCGGACUGCAGCAGCCUGUUCCCCAGAACUGUGACACUGUCGUGCGCCUUCACGACAUUGACCGUCGGGGAAAGACGGAGACAAACUGGGCACUGGAGCAUUGGCAGUAUCUUCAGCUAUGGGAGCAGCGGUUGGGUCAUGUCGUUCAGGGUUAUCCCAUGCAGGGCGUUAUGGAUCAUGACGAUCCGUACAUGGUGUGGUACAGGCUUAUCAUACGCCGUUUCAUCAACCCCAGCUACACACCACCGUCCACCCAUUACCACCCGGCACAUGACGUCAUUAGCGGAUAUGUGAGUUUCUUUUACUAUACUUAUCAUCCUCAUUUUUUAACUUUUUUAAAUAUCAUGUACUUGACUGAUCGAUGAUUACUACAGGCGGCGGAUAUGGUGGCGAUGUAUGAUGCACUGUCCCUCGCCCUUACAGACGGACCCACCAGAGCCCAGGUCCAGCGGAUGCGAGAUAUGUCCGCGACUUCCUUACGCAGACAUGGUCACGGUCAUCUCAUCCAACAGCGGGACGGUGAUGAUGGUCACUCCAUCCAUUCACGGUUCGACCCCGGCCAGAGUAGCAGUGGAGGUGAUCCUACAUCGCACACAGAGGCAGGGAGUACAUCUUCCACAGUUCUGCACCCUUCAGAAACCCAGGAGGACGCAUCGUCCAGCCAGCUCACUCCCCCCCGCGCCGGAACCCAUUCACCACCAUUCACCAUUACACUCGGCGUCGUCCAAGACGAAGGGACGACAGUGAGGCUAGGGAAGGGUUACACCAAAUUGAUGAGUAGUGAACGUAUUGUAUCAUUGUUUUGUCCUUUUUCCUGAAAUGUUGUAUAUAACGAUUGCAUUAUCAAUAUAAGACAUGCUGGUUGAAUGAAUCUGUUUGUGUUUUGAAGUUUUGUUUGCUUAUUUAUCCAAAUCGGAUUUAUGUCAGUCAAAAUAGAUCCUUCAGGGCUAAUAUACAUUAAACAACAGACAUUUGGAAUCCAUAAUCGAAAAUGGGGAAGAAAGGAUGGCCCGUGGUGGUUAAUGUGGUUGUUCAUGGUGGUUUUAGUGUUGUUGGUUGUGGUGGGUGGUUAUCAACGGUUGUUGAGUGGUUGGGGUUGGUGGUGGAGCUGGUUGAAGUGUUGUUGGAGGUCAAAAGUGGUGGCAGAUGGUGGGGGUUGUUGGUGGAUUGUGAUGGCAAGAAUCAUGGCAGGGGGUGGUGGGUGGGGGCAGAAGAAAGUGGCAGAUCAGUGGCAAAAGGCUGAUUCUGCUGCUGUUUUGCACACCAGCAGAGAAACGCUGUCCAGACAGCGUUUUAGGUUGAAAAUAAGACGUUGUCUGAGACAGUGUUUUAGGUACAAGGAAGUUUGUACAUAAAGCGCUGUCUGGGACAGCGUCUUUGGUAUAAUUGUUUUUUUUUUU